GCGACUAAAUCUCCCCAGCAUGUGUCUCUGCCUUUAAUUGUUGCCAGCUCAUAGAUUUAAUAUAUAUAUACAGGUUAUAUCACAGGCAUCUGAGUAUUUGGUGCGCCUUGCCCUUUAAAAUCUCCCAGGGAGCAAGGCAAAGGGUUAAAGCAGAAGGUAAAUCAAGUGUCUGCAGCUGUUUCCUGAGAAAGGAGGGGGCGUGGCUGAUGGGAGUGGGAGGAGCCAGGCUUGUGCUGAAUCUGUGACAUUCAUUAGAGCACAGAUGCUGAGCGAGCUGCCUGCCCAAUCCCAUACACCUCCCCAGAGAGAGCAGCCGGGCAGUGGGUAAGGCCAGCAUAUAUGAUUUAUAAACUGAGAUAGAAGCUGAACUGGAUCAGGCUCCCCAGAAUUAGCUUUGCCUGCAUUUCACAUCUAAAGACUCCUGUGCUGGAUUAUUAUCUCCAGAACCAGCCCCUCCUGAUCCAACUGGAAUCAAGCUGCAUCCUAUGAUGGUCAUCAUCAAAUCCAAACCAGAUCAGGCCCAGCUGUAACCCAAACCAGAGUCAGAAGAUACCCAAAACGAGUCAGCAGAUACCAUCGUCAUCAGAACCAUCCAUAACCCCCAACCUGGGUCAGAUCCAAUAUCCUUUAUCCAACAAUUCUGAUCCAACGCAUGCUCAAGGCUUAGUUUUAACAUCAGAACCUGAUCGGGUCAGGACCAAACCUUGAAAGGGAGUUACUCUCAUUGACAUAAGAACUGCCUAUAACCCUGGCCUGGGUCAUAGCACACGCUCAUCAUCAGAACCAAUUGUAUCCCAAAGCCAGCUCAAAGGAUAUAUUUGUUAACAUAACCAGGUCAUAAUAGAUCUUACUUUCCAGAACCACUGCAGCUCUGAGCCCAAAUCUAAGCUCCUGAUGAAAGAUUGGCAGUGUAAAUAAAAGCAGCUCAUACAUCAUCAUCAUCAUCAUCAUCAAUAGAAAUUCUAUGCAGAGAGCUCCGAGCUGUAUUUACUCCCUGUUGGACUCUCAAGGGAUCAGAACCAGCCCUGCUUUGCACUAAUCCAGUGCAUUGAUUUCGUCUGACUUCAAUUCCCUGAACAGAAUCUGAAUAAUCGGCUUUGAAGAAACAGAACCUGGUCUGGGCUCAAUCCUGGGAUGGGAAGAUGAGACCCCCCUUGUGUUGAUUCCAGUCCGGAACCCAAAUUGCAGCACCUUGGACAGGAACGAAACACACAAAGGUAUUUCAUCGAGAUUCCCAGGUUCUCGAAUGACAGCCAACCUCUCUACUUUCUAAGUGUUUCAGCUCAGCUCUUGAAGACCUUUGCUCUGAAAUCAGAAGCUUAGCAACCAUGGGGACUGUCCUUUCCUUGUCCCCUAGCUACCGCAAGGCAGGGCUGUUUGAAGGCGGCUCAACAAGCGUCGGCCAUUACACCGCUUUCCAGAAUAGCAAGAAUGGAAAGUCUCUAAAGAGGCACUCCAUUAUUUCUGUUUUGCCAUGGAAACGACUUGUGGCUGUCUCGUCCAAGAAAAGGCAACCCAAAAAGGGUCAAGCCAACAGCAGCUACCAGAACAACAUUACGCAUCUCAACAGCGAGAACAUUAAGAAGUCCAUCUCAUGUGCUAACCUAUCUAGCUUCACUCAGGACACAAAGGACUCUCUUAGCAAGGGUGUUGGGUCUUCAAUUACCAAGGCAACUGGACAGCAGACCCAUACAUCUCCCAAACGUGUAGUGGUGCAAGCCUCCACCAGCGAGCUGCUGAGAUGCCUUGGGGAAUUCCUCUGUCGAAGGUGUUACAAACUCAAACAUCUUUCACCUACAGAAACUGUGCUGUGGCUUCGAAGUGUGGACAGGUCUCUUCUUCUCCAAGGGUGGCAGGACCAAGGGUUCAUCAGCCCAGCCAAUGUUGUUUUCCUCUACAUGUUAUGCCGAGAUGUCAUCUCUUCAGAGCUGAACACUGAGCAGGAACUGCAGGCGGCAUUGUUGACCUGUGUUUAUCUGUCCUAUUCCUACAUGGGCAAUGAAAUCUCCUACCCUUUAAAGCCCUUCCUUGUGGAGAGUUCCAAGGAAGACUUUUGGGACCGUUGCCUCUCCAUCAUUACACUGAUGAGCGCUAAAAUGUUGAGAAUCAAUGCUGAUCCCCAAUAUUUCACUCAGAUCUUCGCUGACCUUAAGACUGAAGGUGGGCAAGAGGAUAAAAGUCGCCUACGGAUAGGGCUGGACCGAUGAAUGGCGAAAAGGACCAUAGGACUCAGUGGGACACCUUGUUGUGUGCUGAGAUAUCUGAAGAGUAUGAGUUGCACACCAUUGUUUUGAGAAAGUGAUAGGGUUUUGGGCUCUGGUACAUUGUUAUUGACUCACAUGUUUUGCAGGUCAGUGGUUUAUAACACUGUUUUGCUCGGCAGGUGUGUCUGGAUAGUUGUUAAACUGGAUUCUCAAAAUGCUUUCCUAUUGGCUAAGUGUUCUGCUUUCAUUUUAAUGCUAUCAAUUGUUUUGCACAAACGGUACAGUCCAAACAACUGAGCCAAUGUCUAAGUCAUUCGUGCACUGCCUCGUUGCUUUUGCAAUGCACUUUGAGCUCCCUGAUUCGAUGGGAUGCUGGUUCCUGCCAGGGAAAUUACAGAUACAAUUUGUUUAGAGGUUAAUCUGUCAGUCUAAACCCCCCGCCUCACUAAGCACCUGGUUGGAAACCAUAAUUAACCUUUGUAAUUAGCUCUGUUCUUUCAUGUGCAUCAUCGUUAACCGGUGCAUUCUACUGUUGGGUUGGCUUUACCAGCAAGUGGGUUGGAUCAUUCAUUCCUGUUGAUACUUAGUCCAUCUAUAAGCAAUAAUGCCAUUGUCAUACACUCAACACUAAUGCACUAGAAAUUGGUCUGGACUACAACUACCAGCACUCCACACUCAACGGCUGUCAAUGGAACUCUGGGAAUUGUAGUCCAGCACAGGCCCUAUAGAUGUUGCUUAAAUUCGGCAACUGGAGAAUUCUGCAUGGACAUUCCAUAUGUAAAAAAAAAACGUACUGAAUGAUCUAUUGAGUUUUCCUUCAAAAAUUCAAGGAUCUCCAACCUCAUUCCUUUUCUGGUUUUGGAC